CACACAUUAAAGUACACAAAGGAAAUUAAGAAAUAUGUGCAACACCUGAUAGGUAGUGAUCAAAGUCAACCUUAAAGACAGCACUUACCAUAUUUUUGGUACUGCUUUCUCCUUGACCUUUUCUCUGUGGAUACUCUUUGACCUUUGAACAAUUAUUCAUACCGAAACCAUAAAAAUCCUAUUCUAUUUUACUUUUGAAUUUGUGACAUGAGAACAUUUCAAAUUACUUUAGCUAAUCAUUACUAUUAAGAAGCAAGGAAAACAGUAAAAUGACCAUUAUGUGUGUGGGAGAUUUUGGACCAUAUGCAUUUAAGUGACAUCAUGGAGUUAAUCCACAUUGGAAACCACUUUGACUGCAGGGCAAUGCCAGUCAUAUGACACACAAGCCACAUUUAAAGCCACUCUAACCAGCUAUUUUAUAUCCAAACCACACCCAUCUCACCUGUGCAAGUCUCUUCCACUAUUUCCCUCUCAUUCCGUCUCUUUUCCUUCUCUGUCUAUUCCUCACUUAGCUGUGCUUACGUCUAUUAGUGCACUUUGGCUCAAAACAGAUUAAAAUGGGCUGCUUCACAUUUGUCAAAGUUGUGAUGGUUGUGUUUAACUUGCUUAUCUGCCUGGCGGGCAUGUGUCUGGCAGCUGUAGGGAUAUGGGUGACUGUGAAUGAAGAUUCCUUUAUCAGAAUUUUGCCACCCUUUACUGAUAAGUUCAUGAGUCAUGUCAAUGUGGGAAUCUUCAGCAUCACUAUUGGAGCAGUCAUGACUCUACUCGGAUUGCUGGGGUGCUGCGGAGCUCAGAAAGAGAGCAAAUGCCUUCUUAUAAUGUUCUUCUCCAUCAUCCUGAUCAUUUGCAUUGCUGAGGUGGCAGCUGCAAUAGUAGCACUGGUUUAUUCUUCAUAUACUGAGGUAAUUCUAAAAGCGUGGGCCACACCUGGACUGAAGGAGCAGUAUGGGAAAGAUCAAAUCCUCACAGACUUGUGGAACUCAACCAUGACAACAUUGCAGUGUUGUGGCUUCAGCAACUACACAGACUUCUCUGAAUCCUACUACUAUAAGCGAAAUGGGGCCCUUUACCCUCCGACCUGUUGUGCAGGUCUUGAGCUCUUCCCCUGUGAUGAGGACAAUGCAAAUUUCAGUAGAGUGGUGGGCUGUUUUAAACAAAUUGUUAAGGUCACCCAGAGGAAUGUUGACAUUGUCGGAGGAAUAGCUGCUGGAGUCACUGCCAUUGAGUUGGCAGCGAUGGGGGUGUCUAUGUAUCUCUAUUGCUACCUGGACAAAAAAGCAACCUGAAAGUCUCAUCUUACUUGUUUACAAUUAUGUAUAUGCAUGUUUUGUUUAUGCCACAAACUGGACAAGCUUAGAUAAUACUUUAACUGUAGAUAUUAGGCCACUAUUUAUUGUAAGAUUACAAGGAUGAUGAAAUUGUCUGUUAUUUGAUUUUGAAAUGGGAUGUUACAUGAAAAUAUACAUACAUAUAUAUAUAUAUAUAUAUAUAUAUAUAUAUAUUAUGAGUAUGUAAUGUAAUGCAAAUCAUGAAAUAAAAAUGUUGUAUCCCCUUCUACAUGAGAAAGUAAUUUCAUUUACAUAUUGAAGCAAUAAUUGUUUUGCACUGAAACGCUUAAUGUCACACAAGCUCUUCUUAUACAUGAAAAAUUAGUUUAGGGAGAGAUAGUAAAGUGUUCAUUGAGAAUGUGUCAUAAAUAAUGCAUUUUUUUUUUUUUUUUUUUUUUGCAUCACACAAAACUAUUCCUACCACACUGAAUAUAGUAUCUCUUUCUGUGAACAGUAGAUACUAAAUAAAUAAAAUGUAACAGGACAUUAAACCAAUCAAUACAUUCCUCUAAGAAUCUCUUGUAAUGAAAGGCACGCAGGUAAAAAAAGUGUGACCUUCCACCUCAUUGAUUUCAUUAGUGUAGAAUUAUAAUGAAUUAAUAGUUUUAAAUGACAAAUACAAAAUAUUGCAUAGGGUUUUUGACUGGUAAGAUUCACUAUAUCUCACUCUACAAAAACAACACCUACUCUAGCUGGCGGUCUGCAUAAUCAUGAAAUCACCCCUACAGCUUUGGCACACAUGGUCAAAUCACAUUUACGCAGGGGAUCAACCACACGAAAUUUGCAUUGUUUUCAAUAGUGUCACCAUUUCCUUUGUGGCCGCUUCAGUUUUCCACAUAAUUUGCCUGCUGUGCUGUCUGCUUAUCCAACAGGAAACAAUAAUUUAAAAAUACUUUUAUAUAUUUCUAUUGAGAAAAACAGAAAAACUAUUUGGAAAAAAUACAUAAAUUUAAUUUAUGUAGCUGAAGAUGUUAUUGUAGUGCGUGAUUGUAGCUAUAUACUUAAUUGAAAAUAAAUUCCAGCACUACAACAACCAUAAUGAAAUGACUCUUCACAAUAGAUAAUGCUAAAGUAUGGAGUCAAUUUAAAGCCACAUAUCGUUGCAAAAGAAAAAUAACAAAAAUAAAGAAUUGCAAAAGAAAAAUAAAGUAGUGCAAAAAUAAAAAAAUAAUUAAUUGCAAAAAAUCACUAGUAUACUAGUAUUAUAAUGUGCAUGGUGUUUUUAUUGUGUUAA